AUUAAAAACCACAGUGAGACGCCAGCUGCAGGAGCAGUACUUCCUUAGCUGAGUGUUAGAGUAGCUGCUUCAGAGCAUCAGGGUUAUAUAAACAGCAGUGAAGGGACAGAGGGAGGGAAGAAAGAGUGAAGGAGACAGAGGCUUCUCACAGCUCAGACUGAACAGCUCAGCGUGUCAGCACCAUGGGGACGUCAGCCUCCAGGCAGUUUUCUAAUGAAGUUCUGCGGUGCCAUAAUGAGUACCGACGGAAGCACCAGGCUCCUCCACUGAAGCUGAGCUCAAAGCUGAGCAGAGAGGCUGCCCGUUAUGCUGAAAGCCUGGCAAGCACAAAGAUCCUGAAGCACAGUGAACAGUCCAGCAGAGGGAGCUGUGGAGAGAACCUGGCCUGGGCUUCCUAUGACCAAACAGGGAAAGAUGUUGUCGAUCGCUGGUAUGAAGAAGUCAAACAGUACAACUUCAGCCGUCCUGGAUUCUCCUCUGGUACAGGCCAUUUCACUGCAAUGGUGUGGAAAAGCAGCAAAGAGCUGGGCAUCGGCAAAGCCAUAGCAUCGGACGGUUCUUCAUUCGUCGUAGCAAGAUACUUCCCAGCUGGGAACAUCACCAAUCAGGGACACUUUGAAAACAACGUUUUCCCUGCUAAUUCAUCUUAAACUUGUUUACUCCAAAGACUUCGAGUCGAGCCAAAAGGGAAUUUAAUCCACUCUCUAAAUGAAAUGUUAUCUGGCUGCACUGCAGCGGAGCGACACGUUUGCCUUACAGAUACUACCGUGCUACAGUGAGGUGUGGCCUCUGACAGGUCACUUAGGCAUAAAAUCCUGUGUUUAUUUUGCUACUGUUGAGUACUUACCUGUCUAUUGACCAAGUGAUUGACUGUUUAUCUAUUAGUUCACCAUACAAUACACCUGUGAUGGUAUUACUGAGUGUUUUUUAACCCACUGGAUUGCAUCACAUCUGCUUAAAAAAAGGCCUUAACGUAACAUUGACAUGUAGACAGAUAACUAUAAUUAGAAGAUGACUCGUCUCGUCUGGUAUGUUUUUUGUUUUGGACUCGACUUCACAGACGUGUGUUUUUGCCAAUGUUUGUUUUGUCAUCUUCUUUGUUUUGGUAUGCUAGAAAUCUUAAUUGUGUGAGCAAAUACUGGGGGGAAGAAAAAAAAAAGAAAACAUUUCAGCUAAGGUAUGGAAUUUUUUUUAAAAUGUGGUAAACAACAAAAACAAUUAUAAUUACUAAUGAGAAUAUUUUUCUAAGGACAAUAAUAAAGAUUUUAACAAAA